ACCGCGCGUAAUGAAUCAUAACCUACCAAACGUGUUCUGUCCUCGUGCUGCAUUGUGCCGUAUUGUUAUGCUUGUUGGUGAGAUCGUUUUGUCAGCUAGUUUACAUAAUUUAGGACAAUUUGAAAAAAAUGCCGGACUCCGGUAACGAAGACUCAAUAACGGAACUGAACACUCAAUUAAACAAGUCGAUGGUACUGAUGGCGAACGUCGUGGAUACUCCACCUGUAAAUCACAAGCGUAAAUCUAUCACGAUAAACACAAAAGAGCAGUCACCUAAAGUAUCUAGCAAACCUGUUAAAUCGCGCAAAAGCAUUCUAAAAACAACUACUAACAAAUCGUUCGACGAAAACGCAGCAGCUGACGAGAUCGUGCAGACUUCAAACGACGACGAUAAAAGAUUGAACGAGAUGACACUUAAUGGAUUGCCAUCAUCCACUACAAUUUCGUCCAGACCACGCACUCUCAAAGAAAUAGUUCAAAAGGAGACAUUGGAAGAGGAAAAUGUAUCUUCCACAUUUAAUUUGGAAGAUGUAUCAGAUAGUGAAGAAAUCUGGAUAAUGGAUGUUCCUAGAUUAAUAGACCCACAAGAACUUCAUGGUCAGACAAUAGUUUUCGAGGACAAGUCAAAGUUUAGAAUUAAAGACGAAAGAUAUUGUAUAAUCACUCAUAAUACAAGUCACAAUGUCACGUGUGUUUUUAAUUCCAAGAAGGAUGUUCCACAGUACAAAACUGUAAAUAUCAAGCCAGCUGGUUUCUUGUCAGUGAGAAGAAAACUAUCUGGAGCACCAGAAGUAAAACCGAUAUCUACAGAGAGCUCUGUACAAUUUCCUGAUAAUUUGAAACUAAGACAUCCAUUGUUAGGUGUCAUUCCCAAACGUGAGAGGAGUUCAAAAAAACGUAACUCAGGCAAAACAAGCUAG